AUUCAUAUCAGGCAUUAGGGGUGAUUAAUGAAAACAGCAGCUUUAACUUGUGAAUUUUGGCGAAAAGUGACACUGGAAGCCGCCUCAAUAACAAACAAAGAGUUUAGGAAAACCCUAUUCUUUGAAGUAAGGAGCCCUAUGCUGUGUAGUGCACUAUGUAGUGAUGCUGCCUUCUGCUGGAGCCGCACUGCUCCACCGGCCCGUGCAGAGAUGGCGAGGAAACCCCGUGGACACGGCACUGCUUUUUCAUGACGGUGUCAUGGAUGAUGAAGACGACCGCCGUCUUCUGGAUUUUAUAGGAGAUGUGCAAGCAUUGAAUGAGUAUCUUCAUGGUUCAAAUAGUAAAUCUAUUGGAGAAGACGAUGUGACGAAUGCAACUUUUGGUUCAGCCAGCUCAUUCUUCACCAGUGACACUGGUGGCUCCAGUGAAGGACUCAAAGAUGGCCACAAUCAUUUGGGAGAGUUUGGGGAGGCUGGUGAUGCUGAGCUUCAGCUCUCAAGCAGUCUUCCGUUCAUCGAGGAUGAUCUGGACAGUGAAACUUCAGCAGAUGGAGUCAAUCUCGGUGGCGAGGACCAACCUUUCGACAUCCUCCAGAAGUCAUUGCUGGAAGCAGAUAUCACAGAGCAGACAUUGGCUCAAGAAGCCCUUCUGGACUCCCAGCCAUCUCUCAUUCCCACAGCUACCGCCUUCCCUCAGCAGCUGGUCUCUGGAGGGUUUGCAGGGGUUGCGGGUCCUGGUGUGGUGGCACCAUUGGCACAACCUCAGGCUUUUAUCCAACAGGUUCCUCAACUACCCUUGCCAAAUGGCCCCGCUGGACACAUCCAGGUAGUGGGAUCCUUCAAUGGCAGUGCCUCCUCUAUGAUGACUAUCAACAGUUUGGAACAGCCUCAGAUCUUGUUGAGGCAGAGUGGAAAUGUAGUGACAAACAACAGCGGACAGGGUACUAUGUUUGCCCCUUCCACAGCUAAUCAGGUGUCAAUGUCCUUCAAUAAAGGGACGAUACCAGUUCAGAAUAUUAUCAUCCAGAGAGGCCCUACGCAACAGACAUUGGUCAGACCCAUUCAGCCUAAACCCUUACAGACAGGGGGACAAACUGUAUACAAUAUCAGCAACAUAGGGAUUCAACCUAGCACUACCACUACUGGGAAUUUAGUCAGUAGCCCGUACACAGCAACUGGCUCUCCUCAGCCUGCUCAGCAGGUUAAAGUGGUCAAUCCAGCCAGCAGCAUUGUAAUGCAUUCUCCUCUAGGGCAACAAGCGCAAACACAGUCCCAGUCGAAUCUGCCUCAGGGGCAGUUUUUACUCCCCAGUUCAAUUUCCCUCACCCCUGGUACAACAGUCCAUGGCUUCCAGGCUGUGAAUGGCCAGAUGUUACAAGCAAACACUCAAGUGGGCGACCCGUCGUCAAUGAGCACUACUACAUACUCCAUCCUCACCAAUCAGAACACAGCAGUACAGCUUAUUGCUGGGCAGAACUUUUCAGCUGGAGGCCAGUUGAUAGUCAAUCAAGGUUUGGUCAGUGGCGGUCAAAUAGGCCAAGCUUCACCGACUCCUGUUGUGCAGGUGUCUCAAAGGCCUGGUGCUGCGGCCAAAGUUUGGACUUCCAGCGCCUCGCCGAGCCCAACACCUGUACAGGCAACACAGACUUCAAGCCACCUCACUAUGAUCAGUUCUGGUGUGCAAGGACCACAGGUUUGUCAACAGUUAUCUGUGAACCCAGGACAGCAUCUUCUUAUGCCCGUGGGCCAGAAUGCUUCAGUUACUUCUGGGGUUCAGGAGUUUCAAGUCUCUUUAAACCAGGACACCAUGGCAGCAACACAAAGAGGGCAGACACAAUUAGUAAAUCUCCUUGGUACCAAAGCUGUGAAACCGCUCACUCCUGCCAGUCAGGAAUUGCCUCUCACACCGAAGCGACCUGCAACUCAGCAACUUACUAGAGGAGAAUUGGUCCUCCAGCAGUUAAGACAGGAUCACAGUAGGGUCUUGUCCUCAGAUCGGACACCCUUCACUUCAUUAAAUGAUGUCAUAGACAGAUUACUGCCCUAUCAUGUUUUCCAAGGCUCACCGCCACAAGAUGAAGACUUCGCCAAAGUGGAUGAGGAGUUUGAGGCAGUUGCGACACAAGUGUUAAGCAGAACUCAGACCAUGGUGAACAAAUACAGGCGCUUACUCAUGGUGGAGGCAGAGAGGUCCAGCCCUUCAUCAGAAAUGGUGAUGAUUGACAGGACUUUUAACCAAGAGGAAAGGGGCAACUUGACUCAAGACAAAAGGAUGGUGCUAGUGGAUCCAGAUAGCUUCCUGGAAGAAUUCUGCUGCGGCCCUAAACGGAAGGUCCCAAGUCCUGAAGUCUUGACCCCAGCCUCGCAUGAGGCCAUGCCAAGCAAAAUGGAAACCUCCCCAAGUCAUUCCAUAAGUCACACUGGAAGAGAUGGGCAGAGUAUGAACAGCCACACAGAAACCACUUAUAGGACAGAAUCUCAACAGCAAGAAAUGGAGGAACACAGAAGAACUCCAAUAAAAUGCAUCUUGGACCUUAAAAAAAAGACCUCCAACAGCAUAUUCGGCAGCAAAAGUCAACACGUCCACUACCCUACAUCUCCCAAACAAUCACAGCAAAGCUCUGCUAAAGGCUACCCUUCGAACCCGGGUCACGAACAGCAGCUUCCUUCAGAUCCCGGUCAAGUCUCAUUGGCUGAUUCAGACUCAGUGCUGGAGGCGGCCGUCAACAGCAUCUUAGAAUGUUAGACUGUGCCAUAUUUAUGUUGGUUCCAUGUUCUCAUUUCAUGCCACGUGUGUGAGCUGAUUAGACGUAUGUUGGCAUUAUCGCGGUUUAAAAUGCACAUUAUGGCUGCGUCGAGGGUAAAACCGAUAGUGAUACUCUAAUACUGUGCCUGUUGAACUAGAGAAGUUUACAAGAGAAAGCCUUUUUGACAGUGCUUCACAGGAUACACUUGCAAUCACACAGUGAUAUAUGCACACACAUACACACAAUCAAGCAGUAAGUACAUGUGAUUUUCUUGGAAUGUCAAGAGUAGACAUUCGAUAUUUGUAGCUUAUCAGACAAUAUCAGACACUUUGUUCAUCAUUAGUCAGUCCGCACUUAAGGUUGUAACACUUAUGUUGUAUCAUUGCAGUAGACCAAGUGAGGCACACAAACACACCUGCGCGUUUAAUUGUUUGAGCAUCGAUUAUGCUCAUUUUAUUUGGUUUACUUUUGUUUUGCAAUUAGUUUUGUACCUUAAAGGUAUGUUACCUCUCCACAGAGACAAAACGCACUUGUGUGGGUUUUGUGCAAGGGGAAAGUUAAGUCCUCAGAUUGAGGGUACAAUGUUACAUUGUCUUUUUUUCUUUGAUUUAAUUCAUUUAUAUAAAUGAUACAUUAUAAUUUUUUUGCUGGAGAAAUUAUGUGCUGUUGUGCACCUUAAGUUAGUGUCGCAUGAAUGAGAGUCACAUUUCAACUAAAAAUCAAGGGAAAGGAAAAGAAGAGAGCAAAAAAAAAAAAAGUUUUCCCAGCAAAUAAUUUUGUGUUUAAUAGACGUCUAAUAGACAUCUAAACGUAGACAUCUUGGCUAAAACAAGGCUGUCAGUGAAAAUCUAAUAGAUAUAUAAUAGCCCAAAACUAGACUAGUCAUCAAUUAGACAAUUAGAGUUUAUAUGUGUAGUCAAUUAUUUCUGUUUAUUUGAUGACUAGUCUAGUUUUGGUCUAUUCUUAGACGUCAAUAUGAUUUUCAAUGACAGCCCAAAUUUAGCCUUGUUUUAGCCAAGAUGACUUUGUUUAGAUGUAUAUUAGACAUCUAUUAGCCUUGUUUUAGCCAAGACGGCUGUUUAAACAUCUAUUAGCCUUGUUUUAGCCAAGACGACUAUGUUUAGACGUCUGUUAGACAUUUAUAAGCCUUGUUUUAGCCAAGAUGACUAUGUUUAGACGUCUAUUAGACAUCUAUAAGCCUUGUUUUAGCCAAGACAACUAUGUUUAGAUGUCUAUUAGACAUCUAUAAGCCUUGUUUUAGCCAAGAUGACUAUGUUUAGAUGUCUAUUAGAUAUCUAUUAGCCUAGUUUUAGCUAAGGUGACUAUGUUUAGAUGUCUAUUAAACAUCUAUUAGCCUUGUUUUAGCCAAGAUGACUAUGUUUAGACGUCUAUUAGACAUCUAUAAGCCUUGUUUUAGCCAAGACAACUAUGUUUAGACGUCUAUUAAACAUCUAUAAGCCUUGUUUUAGCCAAGAUGACUAUGUUUAGAUGUCUAUUAGACAUCUAAUAGCCUUGUUUUAGCCAAGACGACUGUUUAGACGUCUAUUAGACAUCUAUUAGCCUAGUUUUAGCUAAGGUGACUAUGUUUAGAUGUCUAUUAAACAUCGAUUAGCCUUAUUUUAGCCAAGACGACUAUGUUUAGACAUCUAUUAGACAUCUAUUAGCCUUGUUUUAGCCUAAACGACUUUGUUUAGAUGUCUAUUAGACAUCUAUUAGCCCUGUUUUAGCCUAGACGACCAUGUUUCGACAUAUACUACGUUUAGGUGUCUAUUAGCCUUGUUUUAGUUUUUUUUAUGACAAUUAAGCCUCUUUUAAUCAAACACUAAUUUUCAUUAUCAAAUUUCUGUUGUUUAUGCAAUUAACCAUCAUAAUCUUGAUAUUAAAUCUUGUCUUAUUAAUGCUUUUUUAUUUAAUUUAGCAUGAGUCAGAAUGAACAAUUACUAGCAUUAGAAUUUAAAAAAAUGUUACUUUCAAUUUUUUUACAUCAUCAUAUAUUGAUGCUUUUUUCAUAGUUUUUAUUUAUUAAAAGUUUGUAAACGUGCUUAAUUGUCUUGAAAAAACAUCAGUACAACUGUCUCACUCAAUUACGUCCUUCUUACUUCUUUCCCUUGAUUUUUGGAAUUUGUUCGUUUUGUUUUUUGUGAGAUUCACCCACAUUAUUAUGUUUUUUCUCUUGUGCAUUGAGUCCCCUGCUGGUCAGGCUGUAGUCUUGGCAGUCGGUUUGCAGUUUCUGUCUCUAGUGGCAGCUUAUAUUUGCACAUGUGGACCUGAUACGGAUAGCCAUGCUCACAGCUCCUUUCCAGAUCAAUCCUCUCAUAUGGUUUAAAACUGGUGAAUGCAGAUGUAGUGUCGUCACAACAUAUCAGGGGGGUUCUUUUAUUAUAGGCAUCUAAUUAGUUGCAUUAGGAGAUGGCUGUUUACUGAGAAUAAUCUAUUUUGGGUAGGAGGAGUAUGGGCCCACUUUUUGACAUAACAAUAAAAAAUUACUAAAGGGAGAAAGUCCUGUUUUGUAGAUUAGAACACGUAUUGAUUGUGCCAUGGAAAUAUAUGACCAAGACAAUAUCAAAAACUGACCAGAGCAGAGAACUUGUGGCAUGUGGGCAUUUCCAUUAGCAUCCAUUCCAGAGCCGAAGGGAAGGUUUCCAUCUAUACAUCUCUCAUCCUGUUGUUUAGCAUCAUUAACACUAAACGCCACUGUCUUUCCCAGCAAUUCAACCAAAAAUAACAGACAUUCUCUCUGAUCUGAGCUCUAACGGUCGGUUUUAGGGAGCAUUCUUGAAAGACCUUCACUUUCGAAGGGCUUCUUUGCCUUAGGACAGAGCGAGUGAAAACAAGUUAAAAUAGUCUAUCAUUUACUGUUUUUACUGCUUUUUGUUGUGCGAGUGUGGCCUUCAGUUAUUGUAAUACCCCAUGGUAAAUGUUGCUUUUAUCAUUUACUUUUCUGCAUCACCCGAAACUUGAUUUGUAAUGUUUGUAUUACGAGAAAUAAAACAUGAAACACAAAAUAUUUAUACUUUUUGUAAAGAAAAAGAAUGUAAAACAAACAAAAAAAAGUUUUUAUGUUAAGUAUGUGUUCACAUCAUACCGUAUGUGGUCGGUUCAUGAUUUGUUGUUUUUGUGAGUGUUCAUUACAACAGCAAAGAUAAAUAUUAAAAAUUCAUUUUGAAUACA